GAGAAUCCUUGAGCUUUGCAGAUGAUUUGCUCUCUGGCCUGGCAACGUCCUGUGUGGCAGCGGGUAGGAGCCAUGGAGAUGUCCCUGACACCAGCCUCUAUUCAGUCAUUUUCAAGUGCCUGGAACCAGACGGUCUGUACAAGUUUACCCUCUACGCAGUGGACACACGAGGGAGACACUCGGAGCUGAGCACGGUCACCCUGAGGACAGCCUGCCCACUGGUAGAUGACAGCAAGGCAGAAGAGAUAGCUGACAAAAUCUACAACCUCUACAAUGGCUACACCAGUGGGAAGGAGCAGCAGACAGCCUAUAACACACUGAUGGAGGUCUCUGCUUCCAUGAUCUUCCGAGUCCAGCACCACUACAACUCACACUACGAGAAGUUUGGAGACUUCGUCUGGCGCAGUGAGGACGAGCUGGGGCCCAGGAAGGCACAUCUGAUCCUGAGGAGGCUGGAGAAGGUCAGCGGGCACUGCUCCACGCUGCUGCGCAGCGCCUACAUCCAGAGCCGCACCGAGACCAUGCCCUACCUGUUCUGCCGCAGCGAGGAGCCCCGCCCGCCCGGCGUGCUCUGGUACAGCAUCCUGAGGGACACCAGGGUCACCUGCGAGGAGAAGAUGGUCUCCAUGCUGCGCAACACCUACGGGGAGUCCAAGGGGCGGUGAGGGACGGUGCGGGCCUGGAGCUGUGGGAGGCGAAGGGACUCCGAGGAGUCGAGGACUCGUGAGGAGCUGAGCGGCUCGGUGGGGUUCGGGGUCGGGUGGUGGUCGGAGGGAGUGGAAGGGGACAGCGAGGCCAAACGGGACUUUCUCCUGCAGAUGGCAGAGAAACAAGGAAUCAGCAAGUUGGACUUUUUGUUUCUUUUCCUUUUUUUUUUUUUUUUUAAUUUUUCAAGAGGAA